UGGAAAACAGAUUUGAAUUCAGCGCCCAAAAACACGUCUAGCCGUAUAGUGAUUGCUCUCGAGACUGGCAGUCAGGUUGUGUCGAGGCAGCUAAUCACCGCCAUUGCUCAGCGAGUGGAAUCUUGCCGCUUGAACGACUCCUCUAUUUGUAUAUUAGCUGACUCCAUUCUAGCAGUUCUUGAUACUACAAUCCUACUUCAGAAGUGUGCCAUUCGGGGGCGACUCGCUACUCUACAUGAAGAAGCUGGCCAAAAAUUUUUGAUCAAAGUAGAUGCUUGGUUUUUAAUUGUCUUCAUUUCAAGUCCCUGCUCUCCUGCGCAGAAAAUGGCUUUGUACUUGCGCAUUGGUCGCUUACUUUUGGACAGUGGUGAUCAUGCGGAGGCGGAACAGUACGUGAAUCGGGCAAGCUUAUUGCAAACCGAAAAAGACUGCGAUUCAUUCAAUGUGGAAUAUAAGGCGAUUUACGCUAGAGUACUCGACGGUCGCCGAAAAUUCACAGAUGCCGCCCAGCGCUACCAUGAGCUAUCACUCGUCGUUGACCUCCCCGAAAGUGAUCAGAAAGCUGCGCUUUCCCGCUCAAUCACCUGUACGAUUCUCGCUGCACCAGGAACUGCUCGUUCUCGGAUGUUGAACACGCUAUUCAAAGAUCCACGUGCUGCUGAGCUACCAUCAUUCUCACUCCUGGAAAAGCUCUACCUGGAUAGACUAAUAAAAGCAGCAGAGUUAGUGGAGUUUGAGAAGGAACUGCAGCCACACCAGCGAACGAAUGAACAUGGUCAAUCCAUUGUCGAAGGAGUAAUUGUUGAGCAUAACAUGACAGCCGUCUCGAGGCUCUACAAUAAUAUCGCAUUGUCCACGCUCGCCGAUUUAUUGGGAAUAUCUGCGGACAAGGUGGCUUUUGACUUUUACUACCGUUUUUCUAUCAGAAGCGUUUCUACCGGUGCUCGAAAUCUGAAACUGUGUUAA